AUUUUGAACCGUUCAAGUUGUGUCUGCCAGUGUUCGUUAACGAGGGUCGAUGGGUAGUGCUUUUGUCGCAACUUCGCGCGCCAUGUUCUGAUGGAGUAUAAUUCUGUUUGGUAACCGGUCAUAUGUCAAUGAAUUUCUACCGUUUUCUUGCGCAAUUGCCAAAUUGUCGCUUGUUUACGAGCUGACAAUAUUCCGGAUUGACACAAUAUAUGGUGUUGUCUUGUACGACUACAAGUCAAGACUGACGCUGUUAGCCCGUCCAGCAAUAUAUCAUGGAGUGGAAGAAGGAAAAUAAAACAUAUAAGAUUCUCACAGCCGCCGAGAAAGGUGGCUAUGGAGUUGUUGCACCUAUUGCAUACAACAUUGAAUGCAUCUUAGCUUUUAUUCGAGCCGCUGAAGCAAAACGAGCGCCUCUAAUUCUUCAGUUUUUUCCUUGGGCUAUCGCGUAUAGUAAUGGGCUACUUAUCCACGCGGCUGCAAAGGCCGCCCGCGAAGCUUCUGUCCCCAUUGCGAUCCACCUUGACCACGCACAAGACGAGGAGCUCAUUCAACAUGCAGCGGCCAACCUGCCUUUCGACUCCAUAAUGGUAGAUAUGAGCCACUUCGAGAUGGAAGAGAACCUAUCAAAGACGCGGGCCUUGGUCGCUUUUUGCAACGAGCACAAAAUCACAACAGAAGCCGAGCCUGGCCGCAUUGAAGGUGGUGAGGACGGCAUCGCGGAUACUAUAGAUCUGAAUGGUGCCCUGACGACUGAGGACCAGGUCGAAGAUUUCAUUGCCACAGGCAUUGACUUUUUAGCACCUGCUUUUGGAAAUGUGCAUGGAAAAUACGGCGCAAGAGGGCCGGUACUGGAGUACGACAGAUUGGCUAUGAUCCGGAAAAAGGCCGACAAUCGGGUUAGGGUCGUGCUACACGGUACGAAUGACUUCCCAGAAGACGUAAUGCAGAGCUGUAUCAAGGGUGGCUGCAGCAAGAUCAACGUAAAUAAGCUGGUAUUGGACGAUUAUCUAAGGUAUAUCAGAGAGAAGGCAUCCACGGUGGGCCUAACGACACUGAUGGAGGAGGGUACCAUGGAGAUCGAGAAGUUGGUCGCUUGGCAAAUGGAUGUUACAGGCUCAGCUGGCAAAGCAUAGAUGAAAUAAUGCAGAUA